AUGUCGGGCCCGAGCACGUCGCUAGACUCGCCUAGCACGUCGACAUCUCACACUCAGCCCCCUCUGCACCCGGCACCGCCAGUACGGCCGCCGCCUGGACUGGCUGAUCCAGCAUCGCUACCUGCGGUGUCGCCGAGCGGGCCUAUCGGUGCCGCUCUCGGUCAUCUGUCGCCACAGCCUGUGGACGUCGAUCGUUUGUCCCGAGCGGUAGAGGACUAUGGCCUGACGUGGUUCAUCGAGGCGUCCGAAGUAACCGAGACGCAGUUCUACUACUCGGACCAGCGCCGUGCCUUCAGCGAGUACCGCCAGAUGGUGCUCGAGCGGUGUUGGAACGCCUACAUCGAGUGCCACGGCAAAUUGCUCCCUGAUGGUCUGCCCGGCUUCAGCAUGCUGUCGACAUCGAUGGAGAUCCUGAACCCCACGCAGGACGUGAUCAACAACCUGAUGCAGGCGGCUUUACUCCACGCUUUCGUGGCCGUCGGCGCCGUGCACCUGGCAUACUGGAGCCGCAAACGCGGCCUCUGCCCCGAGGUCGAGAGCGAUGACGACUGGGUCGAGGAGAUGCACUACCGCAUGGCGAUGACGAUGGGCUUCCAGGUCAUGUGCCGAAUCAUCGCCGCCGACCCUCUAGGCCCAGCAACGCUGAAGAUGGAGUGCGACUGGGUGAAGCGCGCCGCCCCCAACAUUCCCAACAAUCUCUCGCCAGUAACGAUGGAGGUAGUGCAGGUCGUGCUCCUCGACGCGCUCUACGCGCUGAUUCGCGGCGAAGCGAGCUGGCUCGAAAUCGAGCCCGAGUGGCUCGACACCAUUAGUGUGACCUCGCGCCUGAUUCCGGAGGGAUACGGCAUUUCGGUCGAAAUGGCCAAGUACCUCCUCGAGACCGUGUGCUGUCUCUACGGCCACGACGGACGGUACGAGCGCGGCUCGAGCGCAGAGCGCGGCGAGCGGACACCGCGACAGCGCCGCAUGAAGGCUCUGUACGACACGCUGACAAACUCGGUCCUCGUGGACAUUUACGCGUCGGCGCACAGCCCGCGCGUGCAGAUCGGCGACCUGCUCUAUCGCCAGGCGCUGAUCUGCAUAAUCGCCAUGGACGGGUUUGGGCUGCCCGCCUCCGACCCGCAGCUCGUGCGCGGCUGCGACGCGAUCCUCGAGCUCUUCGCCGAGGCGGUGUAUGGAGAUAUCUACACUGUGCGCUGGAUGCUGCCCCUACUCGUUGGAGGCGGGCUUGCGCCCGAAGACAGGCGGCCAGAGGUGCAGCGCAUCUUUGACGCUAUGGCGGAUACAUGCGGGUGUCACGACAUUGACGCCGCGCGGGCAUGGACAGAGAAGGCGUGGGGGAGGGAUACAUGGCGCGGCAGUGGCGUCCCCCUGCUAUACACGUAG